GAGGUAGAAAUCUUUAAACACCUUAAGAACACAGAAUACAGGACACUAAAUGCGAUGUUGACCAACAACGUGAAAGACACAUAUAAAAUCUUAUAUUGAUUCCCCCGGGGGACGCCACUGUAUCGUCGAGAAAAUUGAACACUUGAGUUAACCUUGGCUGGAAGAAGAAGAUUUUGUCAGCACGAACGUCAGCUUGUUUGUGUUUUGUUUUGUUUGUCUUUUCUUGUGUUUUGGGGUCCCAUAUUAUUAUGCCUUUUGACCGUAUAUAUUUUAUUUUUAUUUUUGUUUUGUGACUUUUCUGAUUGAUGUUUAUCAUAUGACAAUGGAACCUUUAAAUCAAUCCUUGGUUUGAUAAUGGCGCAAGCCGAAACAUGUAACCGGAUGAUUUGAAUACAAGGUUCCACCACUGAAGUGCUUUAUAGACUUUUUUCUUUUUUCCUCUUCAUACCCAGCACUUCAAAAUGGGAUUUUAUGAGAUUAUGUUAACGGCGAGUCUGGCCUUACUUUCCCGAACAUAUGGUAGGUUAUCAUUGAAGUCACAAAGGUUCAUGGGUCACAUCGAGUUCUGUAGGACAUGUCUGAGGGAGGACUUGACACCAACAUGGUUAAAGAUCAGAUUUAGGAGAGACGAUAGGGUUGCACAACAUCAAAUCCACCUGCUAAAAAGAAAACUACUUAAGUGGGAGAUUAGGAAAUGGUACAGCCGACUCUACACAAAUAAUAAGAAACUGAGUAUAGUUACGGGGAUACUUAGAGAUAAGAUGACGGAGAGAGCUUUCAACAAUUUAAUUCAUCACAACAAGUCAAAACUUCACAGUCUCAAACUUAAAAGUACUAGAAUCCAACGACAAAAAAUUGAUAAGUUGUCAAAGCAGGACAUGUCUCAAAGCUCAAGUGUUUUUCUUAAGAAUGGAAUAAAGUUCAAAGAGCCAAUACUCAACUUGUCAGAUACGACGUUCAACGAAUCAGAAACCAAACUGUUGAGCUUGGGUUUAAAAUUCUCCUUCUCAAAUUAUAAUAAGUCAAUGAUCACCGAAAAACUGGUCGUCGCAGUUGAGACUUUCCUGAAAUCCAACAGAGUGAUUAAUCCUCAUAUAAUUCGUAGUCAUAUUAUUUCAAUCUUAGACAAAUUCAAGAAGUCCAGAAUCAGGACACCAAAAUAUAUAGUUGAUCUUAAACGGAAUCUCACAGCUAUCUCUAAAAAGAUUAAGGACAAUAACUUGUUUUUCUCCAAAGCAGACAAGGGUGAUUGUUUAGUAGUUCUAAAUAAGACUGCAUAUAUCAACAAAGUUCAUGAUUUCCUUUCCAACAACGGUUUCAACAAGACAACGAGGUCAAAUGUUAACAAAUACAACGCUAAGUUUAAGAAUAAACUUUCAUCCCUUGGUCCAUUGCUGUGCAACAACUGGAGGUCACUUAUGCCUAUGUCAUUCACCACCCCUGGACUGUAUGGUCUUCCGAAAAUCCAUAAAGAAGGCAUCCCUAUCAGACCGGUGGUUUCGUUCUGUGGCAGUCUAGCCUAUAAACUGUCAAAACAUCUGAAUAAGCUUCUAAUGUCUGCCAUCAAUUUCAAGUCGGAAUUCAGCGUUGAUAACUCUUUGGAUCUAAUUAGUAAAAUUAAGGAUUUACGAAUCCCAAACAACACUAUACUGGCUUCUUUUGAUAAUUAUGCCUUCAACAAAACUUUUUCAACUUUGAAGGAGAAAUUUUUACACAAAGGGAAGGCUUGA